UCUAUAUUAGAAAGUCUCCUACUUAGUUCUCUCACAGAUCCACUCUCAGGUCGAAGUCUUUUUUGAGACAAACUGGGGGGAAAUGGACUGCAUAUUACUUUUCUCCGUCUCGGCUGUGCUGCUAAAUCUCUCUCGAGCUUUUCCUGCUGCGGUUGAUCAAGGUGAGUUUCUAUUCAACCCUCGUGUGUUCUUCAAAUCAGAUAUCCAGUCUGGUGAUGUGGAUAUGUUCUCAAGAAUUCUGCAGGCAAACAAAGAGAUCAGUGGCAUGCUUCUUGAGGGAGAUAUGGUCUUACCCACAACAAUGAAUGCCAUGAAAUGUUUAAAUGACUACUGCAGAUGGCCAAAGUCCCCAUCUGGAUGGGUUGAAGUGCCAUAUUCCAUUGCUAAUGACUUCUAUGAUUAUGAGAGGGCAGUGAUUGAUAAUGCAAUGAAGAGCAUUGCUGCUAAAACCUGUGUCCGUUUUGUGCCACGAACUAAUCAAGUGGAUUACAUCAGCAUUGAGAAUCUAGUAGGCUGCUCGUCUGCUGUAGGGAGAUCUGGAGGUAAACAGCAGUUGUCUCUGUCUGUGGAUGGCUGUGCUUCUCACGGGAUCAUUGAGCAUGAGCUCCUCCAUUCUCUGGGGUUCCACCACGAACACACCAGGAGCGACAGAGACCAGUACAUCUGGAUCAACUGGCAGAAUAUUCCACAAGCAUCUGCACACAACUUUCAGCUAAAGGACACAAAUAAUCUGAAUACCCCUUAUGACUACAACUCCAUCAUGCAUUAUGGAAGGACAGCCUUCACCAUUAAAUCUGGCAUGGAAACCAUCAUUCCAAUUCCUAACCCUUUAGUACAGAUUGGACAGAGGCAGGAAUUGUCUGCUAUUGACAUUCAGAGAAUCAACAAGCUCUAUGAAUGUGCUCUUUAAAGUGAACACUGAAGAUCAAACCCCAGUGAAAUACAGACUGUGACAAAAUAAAAGGAUUACGGUACUGUGUAACCAAAGUUAAUCUUUUCCUUCCUCUGUCUGUAAUUUGACCACAAAUGUAAUGAACUAACCGCAGUGCUGAAUUGCAAUAAACCUUGUUACGGGUCA